AUGGAGUACCAGAGAAUGAUCCAAGUCUUGAAACAACAACCUAAACAACGGAGUGAAAGGGAUAUUGAGACUUUAGAAGAUUAUUUUUAAAGAAAAUCCCAAUCAGUUCUUGGAUAAAGUUAGGAAGGAAAAUGGAGGUAAAGCUCUUAAAUUGACGUAUAAAGAACUUAAACUUGUCCUACAUAACUGUAAGCCUCAUCAAGAAGAUCUGGGUUUAAAGCCAGAUUGUCACAUAAUCCCACCGAAUAAGAAUAUAAUAGAAUACGGAGAGCAUGGGAUUACUUUUUAUAUGAUUUUGAAAGGAAAAGUUGCAGUGAGAGUCCCCUUAUUGCUCGAGAAAAAGAUUUACAACUUUCAAGAGCUUUGUAAUACUUUGUUUAAAUAUCAUCCCUGGUUUGUCAAAGACGAUAACUAUAAACAUGCCUUGUCCGAUAUUGAUCAUUUUUAUCCAGAAGCAGUAAAAUAAAUCGAAAGGUCAAUAUUUUCUCAAUGUAAAAUACCUGAAAUCAGCUCUUGAGCGAAAACUAGUGAAGAGGAAGAUGCUAAAAGAGGAUCUUUCUCCAGAAUUUUCACCUAAAUCUCCUAUAAAUUUUACUGAAGAGGUUAAAACAUCAGAGAGACUAGCUUCAAAGGAAGACCACUAUCAACGCUCGUUUUCAUUCACCAUCUUAAACAAGAUCAGAGAGCUAACAGAAGGCUCUUCCUUUGGUGAAAUAGGAAUCAUGAGUAAGAAAAAGAGAAGUGCAACGAUUACAACUAUCACUGAUUGCACUUUCGCCAUCCUUGAAAAGUCGUUCAGCUCGAUAAUCGGCAAGAUUUAUAGGAGCGAAAUCCAUCAUAAAUGAGAGCGAUUAAAUAAAUUCAUACUUUUUGACAAAAUCAAUGAAGUUCUUCAAGAGAAAGCGGCUAUUAUCUUGAAACGUCACCCUAUUAAAUUUGGAAUGAACUUACUCAGCGAGGGGGAUCCCAUAAACUACCUCUACUUCAUACUGAACGGACGAUUCGAGCUGAACAAGAAGAUUUAUUAUAAGUUCAAAACGGCUACACUGCACAAACAGAUAGACCCUGAGAAUAUCAGGUAUAGUAAAUAUUAUUGCCAGAAGAGAACUGUGAGGCCCUUGAUUGAGAACUUUAUGCACAUAAUGGCUCCAUGAGCCCAGUCAUUUCCUAAAUUCAAAGCCUCAGUGAAGGGAUAUAUGAAGAAUUAACUCCAGGAUUCUUACACUUGAGAGAUAUGACAUAAUUGGUCUCCCAGAAUGCCUACUAGAAAGCCCGUAUUGCAUAAUGGAUGUAAAGUGAAUUUCAAAUGACGCAGAAGUAUAUAAGAUGAGCAAGGAGGAUUUCCUCUCCUUUAUUCCUGCUAGUGAGGACAUCCCCACAGCAUUACAACAGAAAUUACUGCUAAUAAACCAGCGUAUAAAGAGUCUUUUGUAUCAACUAGGGUCAAGAUUUGAAGAACCAUUUGUGGAGAAAUAAAGAGAAACGUAGAGACCCAAGUAUGUUCAAGACCACAAACGUUCUCUCUUUCAAAUUUGAGAAGCCGAUAAAGAGAGACUUUACUUCUAAAAGGAACUCCUUCUGUUUAGAAGACCCAACAAAUAUCAAAAUGAUUGCUUAUAAGGACCUCACAAUAAACCCAGACUUUUCAGCUAAUAAAUUUGAACUCUCAGAUGACAAGGAAAUAAAAGCUCCUACAAGAAUUAUUGAAACGAAAGAACUAGAGAAGUUGCUCUCAAAGAGAUACCGUGAAAAGUGUUUAAACAAAUAUGUGAAGAACAGAGGCAAAAAUUCUAAGAAGCUUAAAAUUGCACACAAAAAUAUCAAUUUUUCUCUCAACAAUACUCAAACAAACACUUUCUAUCGAGACAACUGUAAAGAGGUUGAUUCAGUAGUUAACACUGAUAUAAAGGCCUUUAUGACCCAUCACAAAGAGGAUAUGAGAACUUCUACUCUCCAAGGCAAAGAAAGCAUUACAUCAAUCCCUCAGCACAGAACUUUCCAUAAAAAUAUGAAAAGCAAGCUAUAAAAACGAGGGACCUUUCUUCAAUUCCGUCAAGUAUUGAAAGCAAA